ACCUAACCCAAAAGAAUCAAAACCGAAAAUGGAUAUGCCACCCAUGACCUCGUUUUCAAGAUAACCCUAAUUCUUGGAGAAGAUCAAGUGCGCGCCGUUCCGAUACGGACCCGAGCUACUUUUUCGUCCACCGUGCAUCCAUCCAGCCCGCCUGCGCGUAUCUCCGGUCAAGGUUUGCCGCUCCGAUAAUUGAUUGAUAUUUAUUUACUUGUGGUCAGGAGGCAAGAUGUUUACAGGCAAAGCUAAUUCCACUCUAAGCAAGAAAACAGGCCUGCCUCGUAAACGGUUUUACCGAGCUAGGGCUCAUAGCAAUCCAUUAAGCGAUUCCCAUUUCCCUGUUCCAAUUUGCCCCGCACAAGUGGAUUAUGCCUCUCAUUACCCAGUUUUUUCCUCGAAACAGAUUGAGUUUGCAGAUAUAGGGUGUGGAUUCGGCGGGCUGUUGAUUGCUCUUUCACCUCUCUUCCCUGAAACCUUGAUGAUUGGAAUGGAAUUGAGGGAUAAGGUGACUGAGUAUGUGAAGGAACGCAUUACUGCAUUAAGGGUUAAUAAUCCUGGUAAAUACGAGAACAUAUCUGUUGUUAGAACUAAUUCCAUGAAGUACAUUCCCAAUUACUUUGGAAAAGCGCAGCUUAAGAAGAUGUUCUUCUUGUUCCCCGACCCACACUUCAAGGAGAAGAACCACAGGCGCCGGGUGAUUAGUCCUCACCUUCUAGAUGAGUAUGCUUAUGUUCUUGCUGUUGGGGGCAUCAUAUACACUAUCACUGACGUCGAGGAGCUUGGGGAGUGGAUGAAGUCCUGUUUGGAAGAUCACCCACUCUUUACUGCGCUUUCAUGUGAAGAACUUGAAGAUGAUCAAGCAGUCAAUAUCUUGACUUCUGCAACUGAGGAAGGGCAAAAGGUUGCCCGCAACGGCGGUCAGACAUUCCGAGCAGUUUAUAGGCGCAUUGAUAUGGCUUGACUCAUUGUUUCCCAAAUUUUGUGGGCAUCAAUCACUCUGGCAUUCAUCCUAGCUGUCUUAAUUUGCUAAGUGUUUUUUGUUGUUGAAAUGGCUGAAUUUUCAGAGAGGAGAAUCAUGUGGUCACAACUAUUUCAGCCAAACAAGUAGGUCAAAAGCUUCUUAUUAUGCUUCUAAUUCCGAUUAUUCUACUUGAUAAGUAGAACAAGUCCGAUUUGGCUGCCAAAUAGAGCUAUAUAUGUGUGGAGAUCGCAUAAUAAGAUGCUUAAAGGAGAGUUGGUAAUAGGAGGGAAGCGAAACUUUUAUCUAAUGUAAUACUCCCUCAUCUUCUCAUCUUUCCCUUUUUAUUUGUCUCACUAAGAUUGUCUUAUGCUCCCUCUGUCCCACUGUACUUUGACAACUUUCCCCUUUUGUUUGUCCCAAAAAACUUUGCAACUUUCCCUUUAAAGCAAUGAAUUUGUGGCUCUGUUCAUUUC